AUGUCAACCGGCGGAGCGGCACUUCAGCCGACCUUUCACGGUCAUGUAGCUACGACUCAAGACGCUCUAGUUCUGUUCGAAGCAUGUCUGCAAGGCCAUCUCUCACAUGUUCCACGACGACCACAUGACCGAGAACGUAACAGCCUGAUCAGGAGUGGUUGCAUCUUCAUCUAUGAGGAGAAUGCCUCUGGCAUCAAGAGAUGGACGGACGGUGUCACCUGGAGUCCUAGUCGCAUACUCGGAAACUUUCUGGUCUAUCGUGAGCUGGAUAAACCGUUCCCACCCGGCGAGAAAAAGCGGGCGAUGAAAAAGCAACAGCGACGGCCCAGCCGACCUGGAGAGCCUUAUGCCAGACCCGAGGCCGCUUCCUUCUCCGACGGUGGAAGUCAAUCAUCAGCCUACGGUGGUGGGGAGCGAGCAGCAACUGAAGUUGAAAGACAACUAAUUGGAUCGCUAAUUGACUCGUACGGCUUCAAGCAGGAUGGUUUGGUCAAGAAGACGAUGAGUGUCACUGUACAAGGCGUGACGCACCAUCUGGUCAGCUACUACAACGUCAACGAUGUUAUCCAGAACAAUCUCCGAACACCUUCACAGACGGACAAUCUCCAGUAUAUUCGACCUCGAGCCGAACUUACUUCCAAGCAAAGCUUCCGGUCGCCAAUUGAGGAUGUGGACGAGGUUGAUGCAGGCCCUUCACCAUAUGGCUAUCGAGUCAACAAUCAAGCCUACAUUCAAGACUACAAGCAACAGCAACCAUACUACAUGCCUCCAAACUAUCAACCGAUGACGCAGCAACAGCCCCCAAGCGGAGCACCGUACUCCAUAGGUGUGCCAUCGAUUGGAGGUUCCUACAUGCCUUCGCCCGUCCCGGCCUCGCACAUUCAACCAAGCCGCAAUGAAUACAGCCAAUAUGAUCAAGCCUCAUACAGCCGAAGCUAUGAAUCUCUCAACAACUCGAUCCCUCCAUCGUCAAAGCCAAUUCCACCAACGCCUACAUCCAUGCCAUCCAUGGUUCCAGACAGAGGCCAAACCCAAGCGGGCAUGUAUCCUCCAAUGAGCAUGCAACGACCUAUUGAUAACCUCAGCCCCGUUUCCAUCGACUCACGGAACAACGUGCCAUAUCGCGCCAAUCACUACCCAGUGAACUCCAGUCAACCAAACAUGGAUCAUACGCGACAGAGUCAACCUUCUCCCACACAGGUCAAAUAUGAGGACCGUAGGGAAUCCAGCCAACAGCCAUCUCAUCUUUACCACGGCUCAAGGCCAGGCUAUUAUCCCGACGGUGCUGGACAACCCAUGGGAUCGUCGCAAUACUCCCAGCCUGGACAGUUGGGACAGUGGCAGGGACAAAAUCAUCCACAACAGUAA